AUGACGACAACAAACCAGAAGAUGAUAACAACAAUAAACCAGAAGAUGAUAGCAACAAACCAGAGGAAGACUGGCCUACCGAUGAUGAACAACAGCAACAGCCGUCAACUCCAGAACCUGAUGCCAAACCWCAACCGAAACAAAAACCGAAACAAAAACCUAAACCKMAAUCGCCAUCAGAUGACGACAMCGACGACGACAGUGGCAAACCUGAUGCUGAAGAUCCUGAAGAUCCUGAAGAUCCUGAAGAUAGCGGCGACAAUAAUAAGCCACAGAAACCUAAGAAAUCGYCGCCAAAAAAAAYCCAAAGAAGACGACGACAACAACARCAGCAGUCCUGAAGAACCAAAAGAAGAAGAWCCAGAUAAACAACAACAACAGCCUAAACCUAAACAACAAAAACCCAAACCUAAACCWAAACCAAAGCCMAAUUCAGAUGAAGAUGAAGAACAGCCAGAAGACGAUAGCGAUGACGACAACAAUAGUAAACCCCCACCGAAACAACCAACAAAAAAGUCACCGAAAAAACCUAAACAACAACCAAAACAGCCAUCAGAUAGUGAUGACAACAACAAACCAGACAAUGAUAACAACAACGACAACAAACCAGACGAUGAAGAAGAAGAAGAAAAAGAGCCCAAAGAAGAUGAACCGAAACCACCUAAACAACAGAAACCAAAGGGAAAGCCUAAUAAUAAUAAUAAUAAGCCAAAGCCUGGACAGCCUGAAGAACCUAAACCAGAUGAUGCCGAUGAUGAUGAUGGUGGACGRUGA